CAGCAUCGUGUAGUGCCUUCUUACGAAGACAUGAAAACCCGAGUUAAGGUGAAGUCGGUGUGUUUGUUUCUACUGAAAAUACUCUGUCUGACAGGGUUUCUAUGGCAAGGAGUCAAGUUCCUUCAACUGUACUACAGUUAUCCGACUUCUGUGCAGAUUGACAUCGGCCGUGGAGAUACUUUGGAGUUUCCUGCAAUUACCAUAUGUCACACCAACAGGCUUCGCAAGUCCUUCGUUGAAGACCGCUGGCCGGAGGUGUUUGGGGAAAACAGCACCGUCGGCAAAAGAAGAAGCUUGGCCUUUGACCUCAUGCAGUUCUUGCCGAAUUACUACAUAAAUCUCACCUUGGAGGAGCAGAUUCAAGCUGGUCACCAAAUACAAAGUCUAGUUCCCCGCUGUACAUGUGAGAGAACCA